CGUGCGCACAUUCGCAGCGGUAUAAAAAGCGAAUGUAAGACCGCCAACCACACACAGUCGGUACAAGUAUUUCGUUGUCGCAAGUAAUUUUCAGGCGAUCUUUAAUACUUUUUUUAGUUAAAAUAAAUAUAUAAAAAAAUACACGAAUAAUAUUUUAUUUGGAUUAUAACAAAAAAAUAUAAACAUUUUUAUUAAAAAAAUCACACAAAAUGAAGAAGUUUAUGGUUGUAUUUGUUGCACUUUUUGGAGCCGCUGUUGCCCAGGACUCAUUCAAAUGUCCCGAUGAUUUUGGUUUCUAUCCUCAUGAUAUAUCCUGUGAUAAAUACUGGAAAUGUGACAACAAUGUUGCUGAAUUAAAGACCUGCGGUAAUGGUUUGGCUUUCGAUGCUUCUGAUCCAAAAUAUUUAACUGAAAACUGUGACUACUUGCACAAUGUUGAUUGUGGCGAACGUACACAAUUGGAACCUCCAAUUUCCACACCUCACUGCUCCCGUUUGUAUGGUAUUUUCCCCGAUGAGAACAAAUGUGAUGUCUUCUGGAACUGUUGGAACGGUGAACCCUCUAGAUAUCAAUGCUCUCCCGGUUUAGCUUACGAUCGUGAUGCUCGUGUCUGUAUGUGGGCCGAUCAAGUACCCGAAUGUAAAAACGAAGAAGUUGCCAAUGGUUUCUCUUGUCCCGCUGCCGGUGAAUUGGCCAAUGCUGGUUCUUUCUCCAGACAUGCCCACCCUGAAGAUUGCCGUAAAUACUACAUUUGCUUGGAAGGUGUUGCCCGUGAAUACGGUUGCCCCAUUGGUACUGUAUUCAAAAUUGGUGAUAGUGAUGGUACUGGUAACUGUGAAGAUCCCGAAGAUGUUCCCGGCUGCGAAGACUACUACGGCGAUUUGGAUUUGAAGAGCAUCCGUAAAAGUGAACUUUUAGCUGGUCUGAAUAGUGAAGGUCGCAACAAGAGCAAAGCCAAAGCUGUCCCCUCCUCCUCAUAAACUCAUUCAUCAUAACUCUACUACAUAAACAAACAAAACAAACCAAUACAAAUACACAACAACAUUUACAUACAAACAUCCACAAUACUCUCUCUCAAUGUACACGUACCACCAAAACACUCUCAAUACAAAUUUACAAAUUUACGUGUAUUUUUUUUUAAAGUAACCAUCAAAAAUUUUAUACACUUUUGUACUAAAACAAAAACAACUACAACAAAAAUACUAUCCUUAUAAAAUACUCCUGUAAACAAAAAUGUUAAAAUUUUUCCAAAAGAAAAUCAAAAUUGUUUGUGUAGGUUCUUCUAAUUGAAGAAAAAUAAUAUUUUAUUUAAAAAUUUUGUUGUUUUACUUCUCUGUAUGAGCUUUAUUUUGGUUUAAUUUAUAUAAUUUUUUGUUUUGUUUUUUAAUAUUUCAAAAUGCUAUAUUAUUUUGUUUGUUUUUGUUUAUCUAAAGUUAAGCCAUCAGAGAGAAAACUAAAAAAUAACUAUAUCAUUUUUAUAAUCAAUCAGUUGAGUGAAGAACAAUUGAGUAAAUUUAUCAAAAUUUUUUAUAUAAAAAUGUCGUAAAUACUUACUUUUAGACAUUUCUUUAAAUUUAAGUGAUUUUUGAUUUUAAGUUUAUAAUUUUAUUAAAGAAAAAAAAAAAAAAAAUAAAAAAUAAUUACGAAAAAAAAUAUAAAAAAAUAAUUUAAAAAAUACAAAAAAAUUUAGUUUGAUUUUUUUCUACUCUAACCCUUUACUAAUUUUCAGAUAUUUCGAUACAAUUAAUAAAAACAUUAAAGACUUUCAUUAUACAUUCAUCAUAUAAUAACAUACAUACAUAUAUCCUUAACAUCCUUUUUGAUAGUCGAUUAAGGAUUUGAGGUUUAGGUGAGGUUCAAUAAUUGUGAUAAUUUGGUGUGUAAAUUUAAUAAUAUUGUCAGAAUUGUUUUUAAUAAAUUCUUCUCUAUGCUGUAAAGAAACAUUUCGGUUGUUUCUAUCUGUUUUAUGUUAAAAUAA